AAUAGAGCUAAUUGUACAACUAGUCUCGUUCUUUCUUCUUCGUUGUUUUUGCUCGUCACUGAGACUUGGGAAGUUGCCAUUCGGAAGAAGAUGGGUGCUCAACCCAGAAAGAAUCCCAAUAAGUUACAGCUCAACCCCAACUGGGCUAAUCUUCUAAAGACACUGACGAGCCAUGGCUCAAAACCUUCAAAACAAUCUGAUGACACAGAAGAAUCUGAGACUCGCAUAUUAGGGAAGCGCAAGGAGAGGUCGAACUCUCAAAUUUCAGUCAAUCCUCUUACUCCGGUUAAUGAUGAUUUUAGUAUUACAGAUGCCAUAGCCAUGGAUUGUGAAAUGGUUGGCGUUGGUCAAGGAAACAGAAGUGCUCUUGGGCGAGCUACUCUGGUCAAUCAGUGGGGAAAUGUCAUCUUUGAUGAGUUUGUUCGGCCAGUAGAGCGGGUUGUUGAUUUCCGGACUGAAAUUAGUGGCAUCCGACCCCAAGACCUGAGAAAAGCCAAAGAUUUCCGCACAGUUCAGAAUAAAGUGGCUGAGCUGACUAAAGGAAGGAUUCUAGUGGGCCAUGCCUUGCGCAAUGAUCUUAAGGCAUUGCUUCUAAGUCAUCCCAAGAUGGACGUGCGGGAUACAUCAGAGUAUCCGCCAUUUCUAAGGGAAGGGAGCAGCAGGGCACUUCGACAUCUAGCAGCUGAAUUUCUUAAUGUUGAAAUCCAAAAUGGGGAGCACUGUCCGAUUCAAGAUGCUCGUGCUGCAAUGGUGCUCUAUCAGAAAAACAAAAAAAUAUGGGAAAAAAUGGCUAAAGAUCAGAUAAGACUCAAAGAAAAGCAGAAGAAACGAAGGCCAAAAAAGAAAAGGAAACUGGGAGAUGAUCUGAAUGUUAACCCUGCUCCAACUGCCCCAUAGUUUCGAUCGAAAUCCCCUUUCAAAGGGAAAAAACAACUUUUUUUAAAGAAUCAAAGUGUGAGCAUUGCAAAAUUCUGUAACGGUGGAAGGAAGAACAAGAGGAAAAACUGCACAAGAAUUUGCUAAAACUGACAAGCUUUUCUUCACCAAGAGCCUCUACACAACCUUAUUGGCUUAAAAUGCACUUUUUCACAUUGUUUAAUGCUUUUUGUUUUGUUUAUGUUUUAGGAAUUUAUUCUUUACUUUAGAUGUUAUGAGCCAAGGCUAUUUUUGCAUUGAUGAAGUUUAUGUAUACCAAACAAGACUCAUAAUUGUAGAAUUACUGUUUUGAGCA